GUUUGCACGCGUGCGCUUGCAUGUGUGUUUGCGUGUGUGUGUGUGUGUUUUUGCUUGUGUUUGUGAGUGUGAGUGUGUGUGUGUGUGUGUGUGUGUGUGUGUGUGUGUGUGUGUGUGUGUGUGUGUGUGUGUGUGUGUGUGUGUGUGUGAGUGUGUGUGUGUUUGCGUGUGUGAGUGUGUGUGUGAGUGUGUGUGUGUGUUCGCGUGUGUGAGUGUGUGUGUGAGUGUGUGUGUGUGUGUUUGCGUGUGUGUGUGUGUGUGAGUGAGUGUGUGUGUGUUUGCGUGUGUGUGUGUGUGUGUGUGUGAGACACCUUACCUCUCUUCCCUCUUCUAUUCGUCUGUACAUCCUAGCCCCUCCCCCAUCCAACCAGGUGGAACUCUGCUUCCUUCCAAUCAACAACCACAUCGUGAGCUUCUCGUCUUUGUAUUAAAAACACAUCUAUUUGACCCCUUCGUCUGUUCCUCUCAACCAGUGACUGGUUGUCGCCCCCUCCCCUCCAUCCCUCCACCUCUUCCUCCUCCUCCUCCUCCUCCAAGAUGAACUGGGGUGGGCUCCAGUCCCUCCUCAGCGGGGUGAAUAAAUACUCUACGGUGUUCGGACGCGUCUGGCUCUCCAUGGUCUUCGUGUUCCGCUUCCUGGUGUUUGUGGUGGCCGCUCAGCGCGUCUGGGGAGACGAGAGUAAGGACUUUGUCUGUAACACGGCCCAGCCAGGCUGCGUCAACGUCUGUUACGACCACAUCUUCCCCAUCUCACACAUCCGCCUGUGGGCCCUGCAGCUCAUCUUCGUCACCUGUCCAUCUCUGCUGGUGGUGGCGCACGUCACGUUGCGUGAGGAGAAGGAUUCCAAGUACUCCGCAAUGCAUGAAGGGUCGCAUUUGUACGCUAAUCCAGGGAAGAAGAGAGGAGGCCUGUGGUGGACCUAUCUGGCGAGUCUGAUCUUCAAGGCGGGCUUCGACGGCGGCUUCCUCUACAUCCUCUACUACGUCUACGAGGGAUAUGACAUGCCUCGUCUCUCCAAGUGCUCCCUGGAGCCCUGCCCCAACACCGUCGACUGCUACAUCUCCCGUCCCACCGAGAAGAAGAUCUUCACCCUCUUCAUGGUGGUCUCCUCAGCCGUCUGCAUCGUCAUAUGUAUCUGUGAGAUGGUCUACCUCAUCUACAAGAGGAUCCAGAAGCUCGUCAGGAAGAAGGUGGGAGAGAGUCAUGAGACGACGUCGUUGACGGCGCCGAGGUCGAGAUCCAAGUUGUCUGUCAGGGAGGACCCCACCAACACAGCCUCCAUUCAGAACCUCUGUAAUGUCAUGACGGAGGCGGAGCCGUCAGAGAAGAAGAAAUAAUAGGUCACAUGACGCGGUGAA